ACGCAAUUUUGUUUUUGUUGUUUUUGACGUCAUUGGCACGGUGGGAGAAGGAAAGGAAAGUAGAGAGCGGCCAUCAGGAUCCACUCUGAUGGCGCUCAGGCUGCUAACAACAAUCUUUCUAACCCUGUGCACCGCAACCCUGCUGACGAUGCUGUAUGUCAGCCAGUCACGUGACGCUGUCAUCCUAGUUCAGCCCGAUCCACUCGAUGUCCAGGAUGAACUACGCAGCACUAAUCAGUGUCUGACAUUGGGUAAGCACUCUUGGAAAUAUAAUGUAAAAUACGGGCGGCCAGGGCUGCUGAUAAACCCUUCAAAAGACUCUGACGUGUUGAGAGGGAGCACCACAGACAUCGUCAACAGGAUCUACCACAACAUGUGUCCUGGUCACCAGACCCUGCCUAACGUACAAUUCACUUUCCCAGACAUACUGCUCAUUGUCGAAUUUACAGAACCUGCAUACUACAAUGCCAUUCCCUACCUUGAACUUCUGUACAGGAGAUAUUUUCCUAAUAUUCUCUAUUGCGGUCUCGAACCUGAAACUCUAAAGGAACAGAUUGUGGCUGAGAAACUGGGGUUCCCUAUCUACUAUUUGCAAGCUCUGAAUGACACCUGGCAAACAAAGUACGAGUGUAUUCAGCACGCCAUGAAAAUGUGCGACAACUUCACCGGCUACCUGCUGAUCGGCGACGACACUCUCAUCAACAUGACAAACUUUGAAAGAACUCCGAAAUAUAAAGCGAUGGUGGGUGAUGAGUUUGUCAGAUCCAGACUAUUCGUGAUCACUACUCACUUCCAGUACUCGUGGCCGUGCUGGGGUUUGGAAGGCGGGAGGAGUGCCAUGCUGGGUGUGCUUAACGAGCUCGCCUUUAAAGCGAACCGUGACAAUGAUCAUCUUGCACAACAAUUCCUUAGAAAUUAUUAUUCCUUUGUCAACCACAGCAACAUCUUUUACUUUAUGGCGAUCGACUUCCUGUACGUCCCCAAACGGCUGUCGUCCAUUUUCCUCUACAUGACGUCAUUGUUUCUGAAAUACAAGGCCAGCGUGGAAGUGGCGAUUCCGUUUUUUGUGUGUGCCUGCAACACCCAGAGGACGUGCACUUUGUUAGAAUGAUCAGUCUAUGGGGCA